UAAGAAGUCUAAUAACAGAGAAACACAUUUCAUACAUAUUUUCAUCAUUACCAGAAAAUAUCUUAAUAUUUAUCGUGUGUAACCUUAUUGUUAAAAUGUUUUCUUGGGCAGUAUUACUUAGAAGUACCACAAAAUGCCAUAAGUUAUUUGUUUCCAAUAAUAAGGCAUUUUUACAAAGAUGCGGUUUCAAAAGUGACGUGAUUCAAAUAGAUAAGAUAGUGAUAGCGAAUAGGGGAGAAAUCGCGUGCAGAAUAAUUCGGACAGCGCGCAAACUUGGAGUGAAAACCGUUGCAAUUUUUAGCGAUGCCGAUGAAAAUGCAAUGCACGUUGCUAUGGCAGAUGAGGCUUAUCGAAUUGGUCCACCUCCAGCAAAUCAAAGUUAUUUAUGCGGGGAUAAAGUAAUUGAAAUUGCAAAAAGAUCGGGCAGUCAAGCCAUUCAUCCAGGUUACGGUUUUCUUUCGGAAAAUGCCGAAUUUUCCGAGAUUUGUCACAAAGUGGGUGUAACUUUUAUUGGACCACCCGCAUCAGCUAUAAAGAAUAUGGGAAUAAAAAGUACCUCAAAGAUAAUAAUGUCAGACGCUGGAGUUCCAAUAAUUAAGGGCUAUCACGGUUCUGAUCAGUCUGUAAAAAAAUUAAAGGAAGAGGCUUCAAAAAUCGGAUAUCCCAUAAUGAUAAAAGCGGUUAGGGGAGGAGGUGGUAAAGGAAUGAGGAUAGCCCAUUCUGAGAAAGAUUUCGAAGAAGCACUUCAGUCGGCUCGUACCGAAUCUGAAAAAUCUUUCGGGGAUUCUGAUGUUUUACUAGAGAGGUUUGUGUCUGAACCUCGACAUGUCGAAGUUCAAAUAUUUGCGGACACUCACGGUAAUGCUGUCCAUUUGUUUGAACGCGACUGUUCUGUACAGAGAAGACAUCAGAAAAUAAUCGAAGAAGCUCCUGCGCCUGGCUUAGCAAACGAUUUACGAAAUAAAUUAGGCUCAGCCGCUGUAAGGGCUGCCAAGGCAGUGGGCUAUGUGGGGGCUGGUACUGUAGAAUUUAUUUUGGACCGAACAACGCACGACUUCUUUUUUAUGGAAAUGAAUACGAGGUUGCAAGUGGAACACCCUGUUACGGAAAUGAUAACAGGGUACGACCUGGUCGAAUGGCAAAUAAAAAUUGCAGCCGGCGAAAAGCUUCCUGUUGAACAGGAAAAUAUAAAUUUCAAAGGUCAUGCAUUCGAAGCCAGGAUUUACGCAGAAGACCCUAAAGGUGGAUUCCUACCAGGGGCAGGACCUUUGCUCUAUUUAUCAACACCUGAACCGGCAAAAGACGUACGGAUUGAAACCGGAGUACAAGAAGGGGAUGAAGUUUCGAUUUACUACGACCCCAUGAUUGCCAAACUGGUGGUUUGGGCAAAAGAACGAACAGUUGCCCUUAAUAAAUUAAGAACCAACCUACUAAAUUACAAUAUUUCAGGUGUAGAGACGAACAUAAACUUUCUUUUAACUCUUACAAAACAUCCAGAAUUUACGAAAGGAAAUGUUCACACCAAUUUUAUACAUGACCACAACAAAGAUCUUUUCCCGGAAGUUAAACCAUCUCAAAACCAAUUAAUUCAGGCAGCUUUAGCAGUUAUACUGUCGGAAAAACAUAAAGAAAAUACGGAAGCAAUUAGACAAAACAAUCAAUUCAAUCCAUUUAUUGUCGAGUCUGGUUUCAGGGUAAAUUAUUUACAUAAACGAACAAUUAAAUUAAUAUUUAAUAAUGAAGAGUACGAGUUAGUAAUUCAGUAUUUGGGAAAAAAUGAUUAUAAUGUUUCACUGGAUAAGGGUAAUAGCUGGAUAAAAGUUGGUGGAAGUCUCAUUAAAGAAAAUAAUGUUUCAACUCUUGAUUUCUUCAUUGAAGAUUACAGGGGCUCUACUAAAUUUUAUUUAAAUGACGAACAUAUAGCUCUCUUUGAUCUGGGAGGUAAAAUUCAAUUUAAUUUCGAAAACAAGCAAUUUUGGAUAGACGAAAAUGAAAGCGGUUCAGGUGAAUUAGAUAAUAGAGCCGUUGCUCCAAUGCCAGGAGUUAUUGAUAGGGUAUUAGUACAAGAAGGUGACAUUGUUAAUGAAGGUGAUUCACUACUUGUAUUGAUGGCGAUGAAAAUGGAAUAUAUAAUAAAAGCCCCGAGAAACUGCAAGGUUGUUAAGGUACCUCAUCAAGCAGGUGAAAAUGUUUCUAAAGGCUCUGUUCUUGUGGAAAUGGAGGAUAUUAAGUAAUAUUAAGACGGGUUAAUUUAAUGUUAUUUUUGUAAUAAAUGCACAUUUUUUAUCUUA